AUGAAGACUGGAAUUUGCAAUUUCUCAGAGUUCAAGAUCUAUCCAGCUAAGGGAAUCAAGUUUGUCCGUGGUGACUCAAAGACUUUCCACUUUAUCAACGGUAAGGUCGAAUCUCUCUUCUUCAGAAAGAUCAACCCAAGAGAUAUCCCAUGGACCUCUGUCUACCGUAGAAUCAACAAGAACGUUUCAGUCGAGACUGGUGCCAAGAAGAGAACCAAGAAGACUCAAAAGUUCGAGAGAUCCAUCGUUGGUGCUUCCUUGGAAGUCAUCAAGCAAAAGAGAGAGCAAAAGCCAGAGUUCCGUGCUGCUCAACGUGAGGCCGCCUUGAGAGACAUCAAGGAGAAGAAGAAGGCUGCCGCCUCCACCAAGGCUGCUGCCCCAAAGGCUGCCGCUGCCAAGAAGGAUGCCCCAAAGACCACCAAGACUGCUGCCAAAUCCAAUUUAUUAGCAACUUUCUUUUAUUAUUAA